GCGGACAUAUCAAGACUGUAAAUUAAAGUUCUAAAAGAAAAGAGGGGUUGAAAUGCAAUCCACCUCAUCUGCUGCUCCAUGGCAUGCCUACUAUUACCCAAUCCCUAAACACUUCCACUCUCAACAUCUUCGUUUCUCCAACAAGCGAAGAACUAUCCCUUCUUGUUCACCUCUCAAUACCCACAACUUUUUCCUCUCUCUCACUCCAUCAAACACCUGCAAUUGUGAGCAAGAAAGCAAAAGCAACAAGAAGAAUCAAAGCAAUUCAUACCCAAAUCACAAAAGGGAAUUCUUAGAAGAGUUGUACUCUUCAAGUGAUGAUGAUAACAGUGGAUUAAACCAAACCCAGAAAGGACAGAUCGAAGAAGAGAAAGCAGAGAGUGAGCUCGGCAUUUCGACAAACAUUUGGUGGGCAAACUUGAAAGCGGCUAUGGGGCAGAGGAUUAACAUAGAGGGGAUUGUGAGUUCUUUGGCGGUGCUCGCUAGGGAUCGGCAUUUGGCGCUUCCGCAUGUUUCUGUUCGGGAUAUACGGUACAUUGAUUGGGCUGAGUUGAAGGGAAGAGGGUUUCGAGGUGUUGUUUUUGACAAAGACAACACUAUUACUGUUCCUUACUCUUUGACAUUGUGGGGACCUCUUGGGUCGUCUCUGGAACGAUGCAAAUCGGUGUUUGGUAAUGAUAUUGCGGUGUUCAGCAAUUCUGCUGGACUAUAUGAGUUUGACCAUGAUGGGAGGAAAGCUAGAGCUCUUGAGGGUGCUAUAGGCAUUAAAGUAAUAAGGCAUAGGGUAAAGAAGCCAGCUGGAACAGCUGAAGAAAUCGAAAAACACUUUGGUUGUGAAUCAUCACGACUUAUCAUGGUUGGUGACAGGCCCUUCACGGAUAUUGUUUAUGGGAAUCGAAAUGGUUUUUUGACUAUUUUGACUGAACCAUUGAGUCUUGCUGAGGAGCCUUUCAUCGUUAAGCAGAAUGUGUAUUAGGCUUCAUGAAGUGGCACCAUCCAAUUUUUCUCAACACAUUGGCAAGGUAAGGAAAUUGGAAGUCUUUCUCGUGAACCGAUGGUCUAAGAGAGGGUUGAAGCCAAUGGAACAUAGGCUUCUCCCAGAUGCUCUGCACUGUGUGAAAGAUCCGCCACCUUUGUAAGAAAUGUUUUGAAUAGUUAGUAAAAUCUUUUAUUUUUUGUAGCUAUCAAGAAUCCUUUUUUCUGAACAUUAUUUUAUCUAUGGGAAUUAUUUAUUUAUUUAUUUUAUGAAGUGGCUAAUUUCAGUAUCUUGAACC